GGCAAAAGGAAGCUCGAAAGGCCACCAGAGAGAGAUACUCCUUUCACUUUGCUUUUUUGUCGUCAAUUAUUCCUCUGCUAUCAUCUGAUAGAUUGAUACAACUCCAAGUCCGACCCCUCUUCUCCUCCUCCCUUCGCCCAUCCCUCUGCUCUUUAGUCCCUCAGCAUCCACUCUUCUCUCCUCCACAGUGACGGGUGGAGAACCGAUGGAUGUUGAUUACUUAGCCUCAGCCACAGCAGCUCCAAUGGAUCCGAUGACCGUAAUGAUGGAGAUGGAGAUGGAGAAGUUGAGCGAGUUGUCCAAAGCAACAUUGAUGCCGUCGGUUAGCUACUCCGGUGGUCUCUCUCAGCCAUUCCGCAAUGCUUCUGCUGCCACAUCUCAUGCGCCCUCCUCUUCGCUUGCGCCUUUCAGUGGUCAUCAUCAGGACCAGCACACGCCUAUGCUGACAAACUCCCCGACCGGCGCCGCAUCGUGGCUUGAAGAUCCCUACCAUGGCUGCUGGUGGCCACCGGCGGCUGCCAUGCGGGAGAUGAUAUUUCGCAUUGCGGCGAUGCAGCCGAUUCACAUCGACCCGGAGUCGGCGAAGCCUCCGAAGCGGCGGAACGUGAAGGUAUCGAAGGAUCCCCAGAGCGUGGCCGCCAGGCACCGGAGGGAGCGCAUCAGCGAGAGGAUCAGGAUACUGCAGCAGCUCGUGCCCGGCGGGACCAAGAUGGACACGGCGUCGAUGCUCGACGAGGCGAUCCACUACAUGAAGUUCCUCAAGAGCCAGGUGCAGGCACUGGAGCAAGCAGCCGCCGCAAACCAGAGCACCGGAUCCGUGGCCACCACUGGCCUCUCCAUGACCGGUGCAAAGUUCUGGGAAGGCAGCUACUACUGCUUCGACAAAGACUACGAGGCAUCAGAUCAGGGGAUCAUUAUGAACACUCCAUCACAUGCUGAGCUCAAUAAAAUGGAUAGUUAAGCUGAGAAAUGGAUUGUGCAAUGUUGAGGGACUAUUAGGUUUCCAGGAGAAGAGUCGUCGUCGUCGUUGUUGUCGUCGAUAGAUCAAACCGAUGUGCAUCGAUCUCUCUAUCUACCUAAUGUUAUCAUCCUUAUGAAACAUAAUCGUGUGGUCAAGCUGAUUAAUGAUAAGCUAAUUACUACAAACGAUAUCAUAAUUCUCUAUCUACCUAAUGUUACCAUCCUAUAUCUCAUGUUCCAUGGAUCUUAUCUCUGUUCUACUCAUCGUCAUGUA